CGGCCAAUUGGGAUUCUUGAGCUCUUUUGCCCUGGGCUCUUUUUCGGCAGGAACGUGCCCUCAGGUAUUUCCAAUGGCUGGAGCCUCGGCACCCUUGAAAGUGUGCAUCGUGGGGUCGGGAAACUGGGGUUCUGCUGUGGCUAAAAUAAUAGGCAACAAUGUAAAAACAAUGCAGAAGUUUGCUUCUACAGUGAAAAUGUGGGUUUUUGAAGAAACUAUUAAUGGGAGGAAACUUACAGACAUCAUAAAUAAUGAUCAUGAGAAUGUGAAAUAUCUUCCUGGAUAUAAACUACCAGAAAAUGUGGUUGCAGUCCCAAAUUUGACUGAAGCUGUGAAAGAUGCAGACUUGUUGGUUUUUGUCAUUCCCCACCAGUUCAUUUAUAAAAUCUGUGAUGCAAUUACUGGGCAUGUAACAAAGCAAGCUGUUGGUAUAACUCUCAUUAAGGGUAUAGAUGAAGGCCCUGAGGGACUCAGACUCAUCUCUGAUGUAAUCCGGGCAAAAAUGGGGAUAGAUAUCAGUGUGUUGAUGGGAGCAAACAUUGCCAAUGAAGUAGCUGCAGAGAAGUUCUGUGAAACCACAAUAGGGUCUAAAAUCUUGGAAAAUGGCCUCCUUUUCAAAGAACUUCUACAGACCCCAAACUUCCGAAUAACUGUUGUGGAUGAUGCUGAUACAGUUGAGAUUUGUGGUGCUCUUAAGAACAUAGUGGCAGUAGGAGCUGGCUUCUGUGAUGGUCUUCGCUGUGGAGAUAAUACCAAAGCAGCUGUCAUUAGACUUGGAUUAAUGGAAAUGAUAGCUUUUGCCAAAAUCUUCUGCAAGGGGCAGGUCUCUAUUGCUACUUUCCUGGAGAGCUGUGGGGUUGCAGAUUUAAUCACAACUUGUUACGGUGGCCGAAAUCGGAGAGUGGCUGAAGCAUUUGCUAAAACAGGAAAGAGUAUUGAAGAACUGGAGCAAGAGAUGCUGAAUGGGCAGAAACUUCAAGGACCACAGACUUCUGCAGAAGUGUAUCGCAUUCUUCAGCAGAAAAGUUUGGUGGAAAAGUUUCCACUAUUUACUGCUGUUUACAAAAUCUGCUAUGAAGGAAAGCCUGUCCAAGAAAUGAUCUCCUGCCUCCAGAGCCAUCCAGAACAUAUAUAAAGCAUGCUUUUUACCAUUGUCUCAUCUCCUGCCUUUUCAUACUCAUUCAUAAGUUCAAAUUAAUGUAAUUGGUUUGCCUACUCCAUGAAGAAAUUGUAGAAAUAUGUGUGUCUAUGGAUUUCUCUAAAUUGUGUAUUAUACAACUCCUAGAAUACCAGUUAUUAUUUUUACUGGCUAAGAGUCAGAUGGCUUUCAAAUAUAUUAUGCAGAAGUUGCACACUCCUCAAACUUUGUAAUCCCCUUGCCCUAUUUGAAAUGCUUGAUGUUCCUGUAAGCAUAAUUCUAAUGUUUCCUUUUCCAGCAGGGAUUAUUCUAGAACCUCCCGGUGAUUUAAGGGGAAGAUGCAAUUAGGACAGAACUAAGGUACUACAGUACUGCAAAAUUUUAUUGUACUACAGAUCCCAUUAGUCCCAGAUGCGUUAAUAGCAAUAAGAAGAGUUUUAGUUGUCAAUAUCUGGAGACCUAUAAAUUGAGCAUAUCAUGCAAGGUCACCUAGAAGCUGUUUG